ACACUGAGAGUCACUCUACGGGACGUCCUGCACGAAGGAACGUUUGGCCGCAUUUUCCAUGGUGUUCUGUUGGACGAGAAGGACCCGGCCAAGGAGAAGCAGUGCUUUGUGAAGACUGUAAAAGACCAUGCAUCUGAGGUGCAGGUGACCAUGAUGCUUACGGAGAGUUGUAAACUACGAGGACUUCAUCACAGGAACCUGCUCCCCAUCUGUCAUGUGUGUACAGAGGAAGGAGAGAAGCCUAUGGUACUCCUGCCCUAUAUGGACUGGGGUAACCUCAAACUGUUCCUGAGACAGUGCAAGCUGGCCGAGGCCAACAACCCACAGGCCAUCUCCCAGCAGGACUUAGUCCACAUGGCAAUACAGAUAGCAUGCGGGAUGAGCUAUCUGGCCAGAAGAGAGGUCAUCCACAAAGACCUGGCCUCCAGGAACUGUGUUAUUGACGACAGCAUGCAGGUGAAGAUCUGUGACAACGCCCUGUCCAGAGACCUGUUCCCUAUGGACUACCACUGUCUGGGAGACAACGAGAACAGGCCGGUCCGCUGGAUGGCCCUGGAGAGCCUGCUCAACAAUGACUUCUCUAGUGCUAGUGAUGUGUGGGCGUUUGGUGUGACCCUGUGGGAGUUGAUGACCUUGGGACAGACCCCCUACGUCGAUAUCGACCCCUUCGAGAUGGCAGCCUAUCUGAAGGAUGGAUACAGAAUAGCACAGCCAAUCAACUGUCCCGAUGAACUGUUUGCGGUGAUGGCGUGUUGCUGGGCCCUUGAUCCAGAGGAGAGGCCUAAGUUCCAGCAGCUGGUCCAGUGUCUGACGGAGUUCCAUGCAGCAUUGGGGGCAUACGUGUAAAAUCUAGCCCCAGGCUUCUGUACGGACCAGGCCCGAAGGACCAGCAGGCCCAGGAAUUACUGAACAGCACUAAUCACCAUGAGGAAUAAAUUUACAAACCUUGUGCCUUAUUAAAAAGAAAGAACAGACUUUCAUCAUCAUGACAAUGCUUUGUAAAGUAUAGAUUUUUUUUUUUUGUAUGUAGUUGAAUCACAUUUCCGUUGUGUCGUCGAAGUGGAAGUAAUUGGUAUUUCUGAGAUUUGUGGAGGCUUCAAGCUGUUCUCUCAGCCAAGUACCAAGGAUUCUCUUUCUGAGGUUGUCAUAUUUCCCAGCAUGCAUCACAAGAAUAGACCUAUACCCUCACUAUGAAAGAAAACCCCACAAGGACGUCACUGCACACAUCACUCUUUUGGUAAAAAAUGUGCCAACAAGUCGUCGCCGCCAUUUUCCUAACGACUACGCUCUGAGGACCCGUUUUUAAAAACACACCAUGCUAAUAUGUUUUUUUUUUUGUUGUGUUUUAGAGAAUUAGAGAUGUUCAUUUGUGGUUGUAGAUCUGUUUUCAGUGAGAGGAUGACAAGACACCAGAUUAAGCUUUAAUGUACAGUACAGUGGUAGGGUACCAAAGUGGACGGAGGGUUUGCUUCUCAAAUUGUACCCUAGUCCCCUACAUUAGCCUCCACAUAGACCUCUGGUCUAAUGUGGUGCACUAUAUAGGGAAUAGGGUGCCAUUUUGGGACUUGGAUAGAGCUUUGUCUGUGUACUAUAGAGAUGCUUGUUUCUUUCUGUCAUGGCGUGGUAAACUCAAGGUAGGUACGGAAGGCUUUCUCGGGGGAUCGACGCGGUCAGUCGACAAGGCCUAAGCAGAUCUAAUCUGCUGGACAUCUUGUGGAUAAUGACUUGUCUCGUCUGUUCCUGAUCUCCACUUGAAGGACCCUACUGAACAUUUGUACUACACACAUUAGUUUCCCUCUUCCUUGGGAGACAUGCCAAUGGAACGGCUGGCGUAGCUGACGACACUGAUCGCCUCAACAUCUGUUCAAGUCAGUCGACCAGCCUGGGUGCCUGCUACAGGCCUGCGGCGGUACACUGCAUACCGCUAGUGGAUUUCAGAGAUGCUUAAUGGAUGGUGUUAUCUACCAUCGUUCUCCUUUUGGAUGUUCAUUAUCACAACCGUCAAUUCCAAUCUCACAAAUAUCUGAGGAAGGAAUAUCUAACAAGGUUUUCAUCAUCAUCAUUAUUAUUCUUCCUUGUUUUUGACUUUGACGGUUCUGUCAGAACAAACCCCAGGUUGCCCAAACACACGCUGUUUUGAGAAUGAGAAAAUAUGAAUUUAUACUAGAACACUAUUAAUCACUGUGAAAAUCAGAAUAACUGCCAAUCUGGCAACUACAUUGCCAAACCCUGGCAACAUUAUGGCCAAGCUCUGGUCCAAGGUGUGACGUGUUGCUUGUUCAUGCUGAGCCCUUUGACCAGAGCAAUAUCACACCAACCCUGGCAACAUUAUGGCCAAGCUCUGGUCCAAGGCGUGACGUGUUGCUUGUUCAUGCUGAGCCCUUUGACCAGAGCAAUAUCACACCAACCCUGGCAACAUUAUGGCCAAGCUCUGGUCCAAGGCGUGACGUGUUGCUUGUUCAUGCUGAGCCCUUUGACCAGAACAGUAUCACACCAACCCUGGCAACAUUAUGGCCAAGCUCUGGUCCAAGGCGUGACGUGUUGCUUGUUCAUGCUGAGCCCUUUGACCAGAACAGUAUCACACCAACCUGGCAACAUCAUGGCCAAGCUCUGGUCCAAGGCGUGACAUGUUGCUUGUUCAUGCUGAGCCCUUUGACCAGAGCAAUAUCACACCAACCCUGCCAACAUUAUGGCCAAGCUCUGGUCCA